AAAUAAUAUGGCAAUGGUAUUUAAGGUUUACCUACAUGAUUUUAGAAUUUAUGAUCUGAUUUGUGAUCUAAUAAUUGUUAGGAUACAAAGUAUUAAUAUUUUAGUUUAGUGCUUAAAAUCUACCAUGUCUUUAGACACAGUACCUAAAGAUUUACGAGGCCUAAGGGCCUGUUUAGUGUGUUCCUUAAUUAAGACAUUUGACCAAUUCGAAUACGAUGGUUGCGACAAUUGUGAUGAAUUUCUUCGUAUGAAAAAUAACAAGGAUAAUGUAUAUGAUUGUACCAGUAAUAAUUUUGAUGGUAUGAUUGCUGUUAUGAAACCUGCAGACAGUUGGGUUUGCAAAUGGCAAAGAAUUAGUCGAUUUUGUCAGGGAGUUUAUGCAAUUUCAGUAUCUGGACGUCUCCCAGCAGGGGUAAUUAGGGAAAUGAAAAGCCGUGGAAUUGCAUACAGACCUCGGGAUACCAGUCAACGAUAAAUAACUAACACCAAUACCUGACCAAUAUUAACCAAUUUAAAUAAAUCUUUUUAAUAUA